CGCACACAGCUGCAUUAGAAGCUGCGGGUGUUGGAGCUGUAGGUUUACGGUUUUGGUGAGUGGCACCGCCUGGAGACGCCAGUAUGAGCUCAAGAGAGGAAAGAGUGGCCAUUGUAUCUGCAGCCCGCACCCCUAUAGGUUCCUUUAACGGUGCCCUAUCGACCUUACCUGCCCAUACCUUGGGCUCUACUGUUAUCAAGGAGGUUCUGAAAAGAGCUGCAAUUCAACCACAAGAAGUCUCCGAAGUGAUAUUUGGCCAAGUUCUGACUGCAGGUGCAGGACAGAACCCAGCUCGACAAGCCAGCGUAGCUGCAGGGGUCCCUUACAGUAUUCCAGCAUGGAGCUGCCAAAUGAUAUGUGGGUCUGGUCUAAAGGCAGUGAGCUUGGGGGCUCAGUCUAUAAAGACCGGGGAGGCUGAUAUUGUUGUGGCGGGAGGUAUGGAGAGCAUGAGUCAGGCUCCACAUUUAGUGCACAUGAGAGCUGGGGUUAAAGCUGGUGAUGUCUCCUUGCAGGACAGCAUAAUGUGUGAUGGACUAAAUGAUGCUUUUUACAAGUAUCACAUGGGAAUUACUGCUGAAAAUGUGGCCAAACAAUGGAAAGUUACCAGAGAGGAACAGGAUCUGCUUGCAGUACAGUCACAAAACAGAACUGAGGCAGCACAAAAAGCUGGUUAUUUUGAUAAAGAGAUUGUUCCUGUUACAGUUCCUUCCAGAAAAGGCCCCGUGGAAGUAAAAGUUGAUGAAUUCCCCCGACAUGGAAGCAACGUAGAAGCAAUGUCCAAAUUAAAGCCAUAUUUUCUGAAGGAUGGAAGUGGAACAGUUACUCCAGCUAAUGCCUCGGGGAUCAAUGAUGGAGCAGCAGCUGUAAUUCUAAUAAAGGAGUCAGAAGCAAGACGCAGGGGUCUGGUCCCAAUGGCACACAUAGUCUCCUCAGCGCAAGUAGGCUUGGAUCCCUCCAUCAUGGGAGUUGGACCUAUUGCAGCAAUUAGAAAAGCAGUUGAGAAGGCAGGCUGGAGCCUUGAUGAGGUUGACUUAUUUGAAAUCAACGAGGCCUUUGCAGCUCAGGCUGUGGCUGUGGUUAAAGACUUGGGCCUUAACCCAGAAAAAGUCAACUGUCAAGGUGGCGCUGUGGCCCUUGGUCACCCUCUUGGAAUGUCUGGCUGCCGUAUUUUGGUUACUCUACUUUAUGCCUUAGAAAGAACUGGUGGGAAGAAAGGAGUAGCUGCCUUAUGCAUAGGAGGAGGAAUGGGCAUAGCCAUGUGCAUUGAACGAACCAGUUGAAGGGUAUAUAUUAGCCAUAACUAAAUGAGUGCAAGUCUUUUCUUGUGCAUCUGCAUUUUUUGUACAUGGACACAAAGCACUACAAGUGAAAUCCAAGUUGAAGAACAUUCCAGGAAGAGGUCCAGCCAAGAUGCCACUUUUAUUAGAUGAUCACUGUGACCUUAAAUCUUGCAAUAAAAGCAUUUGUGUUUAUUUAA